CUGAGGCCUUCUUUUUAUAAAAGCAUAUGACUUUCGUGAGAAGAAGAUUAAGCCAGAAUCGGAGCUCCUUUGGCCACUGAACAUUUAACACGUACUCGUUUUACCCCCUCCGACACAAACCAGUAGACGAAGAUGCCUUGUCUUUACAUCUCCACCAACGUCAUCCUGGAUGGAGUUGACACCGAUCCUAUCUUUUCUGAAGCAACCAAAGCCGUCUCUACCAUCAUCGGAAGACCUGAAAAUUUUGUGAUGGUUAUACUAAAAGGAUCGGUGGAAAUAUCGUUCGCCGGGAGCAAAGAACCGGCUGCAUAUGCUGAGAUAGUAUCAAUGGGAGGCAUUAAUUCAGAAGUGAAGAAGAAGCUGAUUGCCACCAUCGGCACAAUUCUGCAGAGCAAGCUGUCCAUCCCCAGAACCCGAUUUUUCCUCAAAGUCUAUGAUACGACUGUUGGGCGUAAUUAUUCCAAAAUAUGACAACCUAGUACAACCAUUUACGCUGGGAACUAAAUUUUUAUUUCCCUAUGUUAUUGUGGUAAUUGGAACAGUUUUUGUUGGAAGAAAAAAAAUAAAAAUUUAAAUUCUGAUUGACA